AUGCUGAAUAGUGUCUUGGACCUAGUUGGAAGUUAUGAUGCCUUUCCCACCGCUGUCGCAGUUGGUUUUACAACAGCCAUAGGGUUGUCAUGUGUUUGGUUGUUGCUUAACACAUAUUUUCAUCCCCUAGCGAGCUACCCAGGGCCGAAGGUUGCAUGCUUCACUCGGCUCUGGUAUGCAUUUCAUCUAAUUCGGGGUACAUUGCUUGAAGAGCUCCUGAAAUUACAUGAAAAAUACGGAUAUGUGGUUCGUGUUGCGCCAGAUGAGCUGUCGUAUAUCUGCCCAGAAGCAUGGAAUGACAUAUAUGAAAGCAAAGUUCAGCCGGAGAUGACUAGGGACCCUCGAUUCUUUCAGGAUGCCGGUGGGCAAGGACAAUCAUUACUGACUGUCACUCAUGAUCAUCAUCGUACGAUGCGCAAGAAACUCGCACAUGGGUUCUCAACCAAGUCUCUUCGGGAUAUGGAAUCCCUCCGAUUAUCCUAUGCGGAUCUCUUCAUACAACGACUUUCUGAAAACGCUGAGGAUGAUGGAAGUGUGUUGGAUCUCGUCAAAUGGUACACAUUCUUCUCCUAUGACAUUCAGAGUGAUUUGGCGUUCGGGAAGAGCUUAGAUUGCCUUAAGACGUCAAGCUUUCACGAAUGGGUCCAGUUUUUGAAGGAAUUUGACAAAGUCGACCCCAUCUUCAGAGCGCUAGCAUACUUUCCGUGGGCGGCGAGACUCAUGAAUUAUCUGACACCGCGAUAUUUGCUGGAAAUGAACGUCAAGCUCACAGCAAUAUCGACUGAAAAGGUCAAGGAUCGAAUGACGAGACCGGCCGGACGGUCAGACUUCCUGGAGCACGUCAUUCAAACUACAGAUUGCAUGAGUGAGGCUGAUAUUUGUGCGAAUGCCGUGGCUCUGAUAGGAGCCGGAAGUGACACAACAGCGACUUUGCUCAGUGGCACGACCUAUUUCCUGCUUCAGCACCCUGAAGUCCUCACCAAACUAUCCCUGCAACUCCGUCAAAGCUUUCAGUCUGAGAGUGAGAUAGACCAGGCCUCCGUAGACAGCAAUGGGCUUCUUUUGGCCUGUGUCAUGGAGACGCUACGUAUAUAUCCCCCAGCUGCCGUAGGCUUUACUCGGGUGGUACCCAAACCGGGCGCAACAAUAGCUGGGAGGUUUGUACCUGAAGGGUAUAUUUCAAUGCUAACUUUCCACAGAUUGGCACUUUCUAAUGUCUCUCUCAUUCUGGCGAGGGUGUUGUGGAGAUUUGACCUUUCAUUAGAGCCUGACUGCGAGGGCUGGGAACGACAAGCUGUGAAUAUCACGUAUAUUAAAAAGCCCCUCCGUGUUUGUAUCAAAGAGCGGGCCGAUUUAUCAAAAUAG